CUUUCUUUUGUUAUUUUUGUUAAAAAAUAAUGUUUCUUUUUAUUUUUUGGUGAGUUUAAGAUGAGUAUGUUUAAGAACAUUUUGAUACACGUUUCGCAUUUUUAGUUUAAAACUACAAACUACAAAAUUUUCUACUUUCUUGGAUUUUUUAUCAAGUCAAGUCAGACAUACAAAUUAAAAUGGAGGGAUCAAUUUUGUUGUCCUAUUGUCAUAUUUUUGGAAUUUAACCAUACGGGGUUUUAUUUCCUUGAACAGAAUUUGAACACUACACUAACAGGCUAGUCCCUUCAUCACGUUAUAGAAUAUUUUGUCCUUUGGCUUUUUGGUCAGAUUAUUGAAAUGAUAGAUGGAAAAACCCCCACUAAUGUUUUUUUAUUUAUUUUUAUGUUGGAUUGUUGUUUGAUUUGAUUUGAUGGAGCAGGAAGAGGGUUGGCCUUUGGGAUUGCAGCCAUUGAAUUUGAGAAUAGGUUUAGGUAGAAGUAGAGAUGGAUCAACUUCAUUCAACACUUCACUUAGUGACUCUCUUUCUUCCUCCACUGAUUCCUCUUCAGAUUUGGACACUGAGUCCACAGGGUCUUUUUUUCAUGAUAGGAGCACUACACUUGGAAGUCUUAUUGGUGUCUCUAGCAUAGUUAAUCUCUCAAGAAGAUCAACAAGAGGGAGACCGAACGGUGUAAUGACAGAGGUGCAAAAAAACUACAGGUCUAAAACAACAUGGUGUUUCUCUUUGUGUCCAAGAAACAGCACAGAUGCUGAGAGUACUGUGAUGAUGAUAAGGAAUAGUGACAGUAAUGCACCAUCACUUGGCCAUUUUCUUGCUGUUGAAAGAAGAGCUGCUAAUGAACAUAACAGAAGAAGUCCUCCGAUAUAUGGACCUGAUGAAUUUGCCAUGGCAUUGCCUAAUAGGGACCAGAAUUCGUUGUUUGCCAAUGGUCAAAUUGCUCCUCCUCAGUUGAGUCCAUGGUCAGGGUCUGAUAUUGAAAAUCGACAAAGGGCUAACCCAGAAUUAGAUCAUGAUAUCCAUGGGCAAAGUGCUCCACUUUCGUUUCCAUGCAUGUGUGGAUGAGGCAAUGGUACAACUCUGUGUAUUCCUUGAUUUUUGUUUCUAAUUUUUUUUUCUUGAUUCGAGGACUAAAGCAACACAUUAGUGAACCUUCUUGCGAUUUACUUGAUUAUCAAGAAGGGUUCAUUAGUAGAGCUUUGGAUUGAUCAUGAGGGCAACUUUGUGUGAUCGUUCCUUGUUUUAUUCAAUUAAAGGGACAAUGUGGGAGAAAUUUUUGGCAAGGAGCAGUUUACUUCUUAGUGUCUUAGCUGGCUUGAGUCUGGAUUAGUCGAACUCAACGGGCUCCGAAUACCAGAGGGUCUCACUCCUAAUUUAUCGGGAUUUUGUCAUUCAUUCUAUUUAUGAAGAGACUAUUCCAUUUUCCUCA